AUGGCUACAUCCACUCACUCAUGCGAGCAUAUCGAAAAAAUCGCUCAGUACCUUCGACCCCCAAAGCUCUCUGAGCAAGUUCAUCGCGAAGAAUGUACGCUUUGCUUUGAUGGACAGGAUGACCCCGAGGGCGUUCUCGUUUGUCUGCAAUGCUUUAACGGCGGCUGCUUCGGGGAGGGCCGUCGACAUGCCUACCUUCACCACGAGAAGGCAAAGCAUCCCGUCGGGCUCGUGGUGAAGCGGACCAGGAAGGAGCCGAAGAAGAGGGACUCGCUCGAGCCGCCUCAAAAGAAGCUCGCUAUCUCCGCUCCGUCCGAUGAGGAGCUCUAUUCCUAUGCAACCCACCUGGUCUGCUUCGCUUGUUCUCCAGUCGGCCAAGCUAUUUCGUCCGACAAUGCUCAGGUCAACGACACGGUCACAUCCAUCAUGCGAGCCAUGUCUUCUGCCCAGCAGUCCGAGGUCAAAGCGUGGGAAGAGGAGAUCCUCGCCUGCGAGCAUACCUUGACUUUGGAGCAGACACCAUUCAUCAACCCAGAAGAUCCCCCAGUACCGACCCAAUGUACCGAAUGUUCUCUUACCGGUAAUCUCUGGCUCUGUCUCGUCUGCGGUCUGGCUCAUUGCGGGAGGAAGCAGUUUGGCGGUCUGGACGGGAACGGACAUGCCUUGAAGCACAAGCAGGAGACGGAGCAUGCGGUGGCGGUGAAGCUCGGCACUAUCACCCCGGAGGGCACAGCAGAUCUCUACUGCUACGCCUGCGAUGAUGCCAAAAUCGACCCCGAGCUUGCUACGCACCUGGGCAAUCUGGGACUGGACGUUGGCGGUCAAAGCAAGACCGAGAAGACAAUGACGGAGCUGCUGACUCUGUGGAAUAUCGACCACAACCUGAAGUUUGACUUCUCGAUGACAGGAGAUGACGGCAAAGAGUUGCAGCCGGUCUUUGGAGAGGGUUUGACGGGUCUGCGGAAUCUGGGAAACAGCUGCUAUAUGGCCUCUGUUCUCCAGACGCUGUUCGCCCUCCCCUCCUACCGCGAGCGAUACCUCAGCGAGGCCGCUCGCUCCCACCAGCAAACCUGCGACAAGCCCCUUCCCGCCGAAUGUCUCGAAUGCCAGAUGCUCAAGCUCGCCGACGGGCUCGUCACUGGCCGGUACUCGAGACUCGCCCCUGCCCCUCCUCCUUCUCACUCGCAGUAUGACACCCCGGAACCGCCAAAGUUCCAAGAGGGAAUCCGUCCUGUUCAAUUCAAGACCCUCAUCGGGAAGGGACACGAGGAGUUCUCCACCAUGCGUCAGCAAGACUCAGAGGAGUUCCUCCAGCACCUCCUGGACAAGUUGCGCGGGGAGGCCAAGCGUCAAGGAAGGGAUAUCAGCCGCGAGCCGACCGAAAUCAUGCGGUUUGCGAUGGAGCAAAGGCUGCAGUGUCUGGGUUGUGGGAAGGUGGGGUACAAGGAGGAGGCGGUGGAUCUGGCGAGUCUGCCGGUUGAGGCGGUGGAGAAGGGAGUUACGGACGAGGGGAAGAAGCUUUGGGAGGGGCAGAGUCUCGAGGGGUGUCUGAAGGCCUUGUGCGAGAAGGAGACGAUCGAAUAUGCGUGUGCGACGUGCGAUAAAAAGACUGCGGCUGAAAAAUCGACGAUGUUCAAGACGUUCCCAGAUCUGCUUAUCCUCCACAUGAGGAAGUUCCAGCUCGUCAAUUGGGUUCCGACCAAACUCGAAAUACCCGUCCAGGUCGGAGACUGGCUCACGCUUGACGACCUUCAAGGCAAGGGCCGACAAGCUGGGGAGGGCGAGUUAGACCUUGAUGUGGCGCCUGCUUCGACUGGACCCGACGUUGAUGCCGGCGCCGUCGCGCAGCUCGAAGCCAUGGGCUUUCCGACCGUCAGAUGUCAAAAGGCGCUGUUGGCGACGGGGAACAGUGGGGCAGAUAUGGCCAUGUCUUGGUUGUUUGAGCACAUGGAGGAUGCAGACAUCGACGACCCUAUUCCUGCUGUCUCUUCUGCAGCUGCUUCUGCCGGACCGUCGGACGAUCAGAUCAGCAUGAUUGCCGAUAUGGGCUUUACGGCCAACCAGGCCAGAAAGGCUCUAAGAGAGAGUGAUGGCAAUCCCGACCGAGCGAUCGAAUGGCUCUUCUCAAACCCCGAUGAUCCAGGGGAAGACGCCGCGGCCCCCAUCGCUUCGUCCGGGCCCGGCUCCACCUCCACCCCGGGCUCCGAUGCCUUGCCCGCAACAUACCGCCUCAAAGCCUUCAUCUCGCACAAAGGCCCCUCGGUUCACUCGGGACACUACGUCGCUACGAUUCGACAGCCGCAGGCGGGUCUGGCAAGCGCGAGCGGGGAAGGCGAGGAUGAGUGGGUGCUGUACAAUGAUGAGAAGGUGGUCAGGGCGGGUGCGGGCGGUGGGGAGGAGAUGAGGAGCUUGGCGUAUCUGUAUGUGUAUGAGAGGGUGUAG